GUAUGAAAGAAACCAUAAUGCCGACAAACUCUCUGAGUAUGUUCAAUGUGUUAAAUCAUUGGCAUGUUAUAGUCAUCUUCAAAGGCAUGAAAAGAAUUAUUCUGAAGAGAAGCCAUAUGACAGUAUUCAAAAUGCUGAAGCCUUUGGAAAUACCAGUUCUCUCCAAAUACUUAAAAGAAGAACACAAGCUGGAGAGAAACCAAAUGAAUGUAAUCAAUGUGGUAAAGACUUUUCAUAUGUAAGAAGUGUCCAAGUUUACAACAGACCACAUACUAGAGAGAAAACCUAUGACUGUAAUCAAUGUGAUAAAGCUUUUUCAAAAUGCUCUGAACCCCAAAUACAAAAAAGAACACAUACUAAAGAGAGACCCUGAUGUAAUGAAUGUGAUAAAGUCUUUGCAUGUAAACGUAGUCUCCAAAUACAUAAAAGAACACACACUGGAGAAAAACCCUACAUAUGUAAUCAGUGUGGUAAAGCCUUUUCAGUGAACAGUAGUCUUCGAGUACAUCAAAGGACACAUACUGGAGAGAAACCUUAUCAAUGUAACAAAUGUGGUAAAGCCUAUUCAAAACUCAGUAUUCUACAAACACAUAAACGAACUCAUCCAGGAGAGAAACCCUAUGAAUGUGAUCAAUGUGAUAAAGCCUUUUCACAAAUCAGUCAUCUAAGAACACAUAAGCGCUCUAAACUCCAAAUACACAAAAGAACACAUACUGGAGAGAAACCCUAUGAAUGGAAUCAAUGUGGUAAAGCCUUUUCAUAUAUCAAUAGUCUCCAAGUUCACAAAAGAACACACACUGGAGAGAAGCCAUAUGAAUGUGAUCAAUGUGAUAAAGCCUUUGCACAACUCAGUAGUCUAAAACCACAUAAAAGAACACAUACUGGAGAGAAACCCUAUGAAUGUAAUCAAUGUGGUAAAGCAUUUUCAUGACAAGAUAGUCUCCAAAUACAUAAAAGAACACAUACUAGAGAGAAACCUUAUAAUAAUCAAUGUAGUAAGGCCUUUGCAUGUUGUAGAAGUGUCCACAUUCAUCAAGGAACACAUACAGGAGAGAAACCCUAUACAUGUAAUCAAUGUGGUAAAGCCUUUUCACAGAACAAUCAUCUUCGAGUACAUCAAAGGACACAUACUGGAGAGAAAUCUUAUAAAUGUAAUCAAUGUGAUAAAGCUUUUUCAAAACACUCUAACCUCCAAAUACAUGAAAGAACACAUACUAAAGAGAAUCCGUAUGAAUGUAAUGAAUGCGGUAAAGUCUUUGCACAUCAAUAUAGUCUCCAACGUCACAAAAGAACACAUACUGGAGAGAAACCCUACACAUGUAAUCAAUGUGGUAAAGCCUUCUCAUGGAACAGUAAUCUUCAAGUACAUCAAAGGACACAUACUGGAGAGAAACCUUAUCAAUGUAAUCAGUGUGAUAAAGCUUUUGUGAGUCAUAGUGAGCUGCACAGACAUAAAAGAAGACAUACUGGAAAGAAGCCCUUUGAAUGUAAUCAAUGUGAUAAAGCUUUCUGGGAGCACUCUAAACUCCGAGCACACAAAAGAACACACACUGGAGAGAAACCCUAUGAAUGUAAUCAAUGUGGUAAAGCCUUUCCAUAUAGCAGUAAUCUAAAAGCACAUAAAAGAAUCCAUACAGGAGAGAAACCCUAUGAAUGUAAUCUAUGUGAUAAGGCCUUUUCACAACUGGGUAAUCUAAAAACACAUAAAAGAACGCAUACUGGGGAGAAGCCAUAUGAUGGUAUUCAAUAUGAUGAAGGCUUUGCAGGUACCAAUUGUCUCCAAAUACUUAAAAGAACACAUGCUGGAGAGAAUCCCUAUGGAUGUAAUCAAUGUGGUAAAGACUUUUUAUAUGUCAGAAGUUUCCAAGUUCACAAAAGAGCACAUACUGGGGAGAAAAGCAAUGAAUGUAAUCAAUGUGAUAAAGCUUUUUCAAAAUGCUCAAAAUUCCAAAUACAUGAAAGAACACAUACUAAAGAGAAACCUUAUGAAUGUAAUGAAUGUGGUAAAGUAUUUGCAUUUCAACAUAAUCUCAAAAUACAUAAAAGAACACAUACUGGAGAGAAACCCUACACAUGUAAUCAAUGUAAUAAAGCUUUUGUGUGUAAUAGUGAGCUUAACAGACAUAAAAGAACACAUACUGGAGAGAAACCUUAUAAAUGUAAUCAAUGUGAUAAAACUUUUGCGAGUCAUGCUUACCUUCACAGACAUAAUAGAACACAU